AUGCUCCAGGGUUGCCACAGUAUCGCAGCCGAGGUGCUUACAAGUUGCCUAAACGGGAUCUGCGUUCUGCCGGGGCCACCCGUUCGUCGAUUGCCGCGGUGGAUUCUACCUCUGCGACUUCCAGAGCUGUCCUCCAGGGCGACUGUCCGUGUCCGUGUGUCUAUGAUCAGCUUCCCUGCAACGGUUUACCCCCUGUACCCGACCUGCCGCGCCCCCAACCUCGCUCGCGCCACCGCCUUACUCCUUCACCUCUCGAGCAGCCUCGUCAACGAACUCCCCAGAUCGAAGGACCGUGCGGAGAGUGCUAUGGCAUGGUACUCUAUCCUCCCGCCACAGCUCACCCAGCUCGAGAGCUGGGCAGUGCGCAUCUUCGUCCUCCUCGGCAUCAUCACAAUCUUCCCUUGGGCCGUGCUCAUCGUUUUCGACGUCAGCCUCUGGCUCUACCGAAUGACCAUUUGGGAAUUCCCCUGGAUUGGCGGACGCGCACGGGGCCAACAGCGUCCCCGGGCACCGAGUCUGAAUGAGCGACUCGACGAACACCGGCGAUCUUUCCAGUUAGAAAGCAUGGAACCCGACGAAAACGAGCGCGGACGAUCACGCAACGGAUCACUGGAUAGAACAGCAGAGAAGGAGAAUGUGGUCCCUACUACAGAUACACGGAAUUCUCACAAUUCGACCUCUGGUGGUAGCGCAUACCAACACCACUUCACGAGAAUGGCGCAGAUCUUCGUAGAGACCCCGGCAAUGCAGUUUCGGGCUACUCCUUCACUUCAAUCAUUGUUUGGAGUAUUGCUUGUAGGAUCAUGUCUCUGGAUCUGGCGAUGGAGUCAGCAACGCCGUUUGACUCCCAGCAACCCGAAUCCGACGAUCCUCGCAAAUGAACCAGAUGUUAAGAACCCUGGAAUUGCGCCAUUGAAAGAGUUCAACUGGGAGACCACCGAGUCUCCGCAGUUUUGUCCAUUUCGCGGGAAAGAGAAGUUCAACUUGACCAUGGCCCUUGAAAACGUUGAACCAUCCGAGUUGAUACUCAUAGACAAAACGUACAAAGACCGUCUCUCUCUUCGCAAGGCGCUACUCCAGCAGCAUCACGACAUAGUAGUCGCCGUGAACGAAGACGGCAACAAGAUGACAGAAACACUCACUCGCGCCGCUGUCGGUGAGCUAUACACCUUCGUGCUGGGCGAAUAUCUCCCCACCCGUUACCCAAGCAUGUUCAGGCGAGAAACCGAGACUUUUGAGAACCUCGUCACUAGAGAAACAUGGCCAGCAACCCUCACAGCAGAAACACCCACGAUCCAGGCAUUAGAGAUCCUCAUGCAAACUAUCGAUGAAGAUUUCCUUAUCCUGUUACCCGAAUUAUCCCCUUCGUCGGCGGAUCAGCCCAUAUACAAACUAGAGGCAUAUACAACAUGCUUCCCUUCCGGAUUCAAUCCGCGUGAGAAACUAGGCCGACGACUCGCUGAUAUACACGGCCCGGUCCCUGGAUACGCGGAAAAAUUAGAGCGCAGCAUGGACCGGUUCUUUGCGCGGGUUGAGGUUGGGAAGUAUGUGAAGCGUGUGAAUUGGAGUAUCACGACCGGCGCGCAGUUGUUUGCUGCGUUUGGAGAAGUUCAUGGGUCUUCAGCGAAUACUUCCCAGGAGCCGCGAUCUAGGGCUAUGAGGCUGGAUGAGUUGGAUUUGUCAAAGACGGUGUUGCGCUGUGAGCGACAGACUUUGCAUCGCCUUCCUCGCUCUCGGGCUUUGGUCUUUGCUUUUCACACUUAUACCUAUCCUAUUCAGAUGAUCAAGGAUGAGGGACUUGGGGAGGAAUUGGCAGUUGCCAUUGAUGGGCUUGUGAAAGGGAAUGUACCGGCUAUGAACUCUUAUAAGAGGGCUGAUGUUUGGGGAGAGGCCGUGAAGGAGUUUAUGCGGUCUUGA